AUGACGACCGUCGCCGACCUCCCCGCCAACGUGCGCGUUUCCUCUCAUCCAUGCCUCCAGGCCAAACUCAGCCAGCUCCGAUCCGCGAAAGCGAGCGCCAGGGAUGUCAAGGCCUUGAUUCACGAGAUUUCCACCAUUCUCGGCUGCGAGGCCCUAGCCAGCGCCAUCGUGUCUGCGCCAGGCCCGAAAGAGAAGACGCCCCUCGGCUUUGAAUACACCACGACAGAUAUCCACCCCAAGACCAUGAGCCUCGUGCCUAUUCUUCGCUCCGGCCUCGGCAUGGUUGACGGUAUGUUGUUCUCUCCUCCUCAUAGGCCCCACGCUCUACCCCAUCCAAGCCAUUCUCCCCGCGCCGUGCCCGUCCACCACCUCGGCCUCUACCGCGAGCCCACUACCCUCGAGCCCGUCGAGUACUACAACAACCUGUCCUCCCACGCCGCGGACCCCGAGGACCCCUCCCCCAACUCCGCCAGCAGCCUCGCCAUCAUCCUCGACCCCAUCAUCGCCACUGGCGGCACGAGCGUCGCCGCCAUCCAGACCCUCCGAGAAUGGGGUGCCCAGCGUAUCCUCGUCAUCUCCAUUCUUGGCGCUGCCUCUGGCCUCAAGCACGCCGCCGAAGAGUGGCCCGAGGGCACUGAGAUUUGGGUCGCUGGCGUCGACGAGGAGAUUACCAGCGGCGGAAUGAUCAAGCCCGGCUUGGGCGACGUAGGUGAUAGGCUGUUCUUGACCGUUGGCAAAUAA